AUGCGGCUAAAUGAAGCCGCUGAACAUGGCUGGAAAAUGUUCAAUACUCGUUACGGGCCUUUCCAUUAUGAAGUGAAACGGCUGGUUUUUCAUCACCAUUCGAACUGCCCCUUGCCUAAACAUAGAGCUGAAGAGAUUAUCGACUUCUUCAUCCAUUACAAUGGGCCAAAGAUACUGCUAAUCCGCGGCAUUGACGGUCUCCUAACCCACAAGGUUCAUCUCGCCGACUUACUGGGCCAGUUGGGCCCUAGCAUUAGCCUUGCUAUCUACGAACCCCAAGUCGACCGAAACUGGAUCAUAUACGUGGAUGUGCCAACCAUCAUUUGUUGGGGCCGGAUGCAGGACGUGGUUCCGAACGAAGCAACUUCGUAUUUUAUGGACAAGGUAGAGGUCACAUACCAUGCAAAGGAAACCAUAUCCGCAGGAUGCCUCGCCAAUCACAACCAGGGGCGGAAUCGCAUCAAUGAAAUGGGAGUGCGUGACUUUCCGGGGGCUAUCCUAAUGCCAGCCCUCACUAAGACGCCAUCGGCCCCUGCUGAGACCGUGAUUCCAGAUCUAUCGUCUGCCGGCCGAAAACGGAAAUUCACAGAUCAGGAAGAUGGGAUAAUACUAUCCGCGCGCGUAACAUUCACCUCAUUCAAGGACAUCGGAAAAAUGCUGCGAUGUUCAGCGGAUUCUGUCUAUCAUCACUGGCAGCGACACCUACAAGAGCGACCUGUGCAGAAUGGCGAUGAUGACCCGAACCCAAUACUAGCACAAUCAUCGACUGAGGCCGCUCCCACCUCUAGCCCUAGCUCUGGCUCAAGCGGCUAUCGCGAACGGCAAAAAUCCACAGAGGAAGAGGACGACUGCAUCCUCGCUGAACGUGAAGGUGGAAUGACGUCGAGGGAGAUCGGUAGACAUCUUGUGCGGUCUAAUAGGCUUAAACAGAAAGCUACCUAUCAGGGUCAGCCGCUAAUCCAGAAAUGGCUCAAUGCGCGUGGACAACUGCCGUUUAUCAAAGAAGAGAACGAUUUCAUCAUCGCGAAACCUAAUGAAAGGAUGACGUGGGCGGAUAUCGAGGCAUCUUCAACUGGGUCCCGCAGCGGUCAACAGCAAAGCGCCCCCCGUGUGACACUCGAUGUUCCCCCAGUCCAGCCUCCUCAAGGGCGUCGGCCGUAA